UUUUCUUUCUUCUUCUCUAGCUGCUUCUUCAUCUUCCACCUCUCUAUAUAUAUCGAUAGAAAAGGAACCUGUUAACUGGGCUUUUAGGAGGAGGCUGUCUAGAAAUUAUUACGUGAAGGUUUCUUCUCCUUGUCCAAUUGGAGACACAAUACCCCACCACCCAACACCAGGAAUAAGAGAAAAAGAGGGAGAAAAAAAAAUAUCCGGGGCACGAUCCAAUCCAAGCAGCAGGUACCUAUAGCUAUAGCACAGCAACGAUGUUUAAUAACGACAGAGAACAAGAUUUGGAGAUGAAAAGUAAGCAUCUCCAAAGUCUUGAUGAAAGCACCAUCGUCAAAACCACUCAGUUUGAUGAAGAUGAUAUUAUCGACUGCAUGGACAUCAAUCGCCAGCCGUCACUUUAUCAUCCUUUACUCAAGAACCACAAAGUUCAGAGAAGGCCAAGUGUUCUUCCAUCUGAGAUAUUGCAAAGUUCAUUUCCUAUCGAGCAUACACAAGAAUAUGAAUCAGGGUUUUCCAGAAAGGAAGACUGCCCUGAUGGAACAGUUCCAAUAUACAGAACAACAAAGCAAGUUUUCCUCAAAGUAAACGAAACAAAUCGUGUCAGAUUCUAUGGAGCUGCGGGAAGCGGUUCGGUGUACGAACUCAAUGUGGGUCCAGGCCAAUCGAGCUCGACUAAUAUUUGGAUAGAAACGGGUCCUCCGGGACCAGUCAAUAUGCUUCUUGCUGGAUGGAUGGGACGUGUUGAUUUUGAUAAAGAAGAUUUGAAUUUGGACCAAGAUAUCAGUGAAGUGAACGUCGAUGGAGGUGAGAAGACAGGAUGCUACAACUUGCUUUGCAAGGGAUUCAUACAAGUACACCCAAGGAUAGGUCCAAAAAGUCGUAUAAUACCGGUUUCUACUAUAGGAGGGCGAACGUUUGAAAUGAAGUUACUUAUCUAUCAGGAUCCAAUGACAGGAAAUUGGUGGCUUGUGAUAUCAACCCGUAAUGAAAUGUUGGGUUACUGGCCAAAGGAAUUGGUACCUCGUUUAGCCAAGGCAGCAACGGAUGUGGCAUGGGGAGGAAUUAGUUUGGCAGGAAAAGACGGAAUUAGCCCUCCGAUCGGGAGCGGCCGAUACCCAGACGGCUUUUAUGAUCGUGCCGCCUUCUUCAGAGACAUAAAAUACUUGAGGAAAGGUCUUAAACAAGUAGCACCCUCGGACCAGGAUGAUGUUGUGGAGGGCGUAGACAAAUCCGGGUGUUAUGGAUUGCAAAAUGAUAAGCUUACUAGGUCUGACUAUUGGGGUUACAGGUUCGCCUUUGGGGGACCUGGUGGUUCUACUUGUAAGCAUUAA